CGGUGUGCAAACCCAGAGCCCACGGGUGGCUCCAGCAGUCUCUGGGGCGCAUGGGGCGGCGCUAAUCCAGCUGGUGGCGCAGGCCCGGAGCCUCUUCAACAUGAACCUCGUGGGCGGCUACGCACACCAUCACCACCACCACCACCCGCACCCCGCGCACCCCAUGCUCCACGAGCCCUUCCUCUUCGGCUCGGCCUCGCGCUGUCACCAGGAGCGGCCGUACUUCCAGAGCUGGCUGCUGAGCCCGGCUGACGCUGCCCCGGACUUCGCUGCUGGCGGGGCAACGCCCCCCGCCGCGGCCAGGGCGGCCGCCGCUUACGGUCCAGACGCCAGGCCCGGCCAGAGCCCGGGGCGGCUGGAGGCACUUGGAGGCCGCCUGGGCCGGCGGAAAGGCUCCGGACCCAAGAAGGAACGCAGACGCACUGAGAGCAUUAACAGCGCGUUCGCUGAGCUACGCGAGUGUAUCCCCAACGUGCCGGCCGACACCAAGCUCUCCAAGAUCAAGACUCUUCGCCUGGCCACCAGCUACAUUGCCUACCUGAUGGACGUGCUGGCCAAGGAUGCACAGGCCGGGGACCCCGAGGCCUUCAAGGCUGAGCUUAAGAAGGCUGAUGGAGGCCGUGAGAGCAAGCGGAAAAGGGAGUUGCAGCAGCAUGAAGGCUUUCCUCCUGCCCUGGGCCCAGGCGAGAAGAGGAUUAAAGGGCGCACUGGCUGGCCGCAGCAAGUUUGGGCCCUGGAGUUAAACCAGUGAGCGAGGACCUGGCCACAUCUGGCUGUUCCCAGAGCCCCCGGGAGGAGCGGAAGGCAGGAAUGAAUGCCAAGCUCUGGGUUCCAGCAGCUGGUGGAGUGCAUCCCGGGAACCUCUGCUGAGCGCGGGCAGGUCGCUGGCAGCAACCCCACACUUGGAUCACACGUGCAAUGUCAUUUGGAAUUUUAAUACAU